ACGAUCAUUGACUGCAAUGGAGCCGUCGAUGUUCCAAAAACUCCUUCUCCGCCGUGUACAGGAAACCUACGGCAGCUCAAUCCCACCCAUCAUCCAACUCGUAAACGGUCUCCGCGCCAAAUAUCCUGAAUAUUGUCGCCACAAACCCCAACUCUUCACCAGGUGGCUCCAGCAAACCCUAAAUUCUGUCCAAAACAAAGGUAAGCGCAAAUUAGAAGACCUUCCAUCAUUACCGCCAAUCAAAAAAGCAAAAGCACGUAGACCCACUUCAGCAUCAGACUCUUUGGACUCGUCUUCAUCGGAAUCAGACUCUUCAGAUUCGUCUUCAUCGGAUCCAGACUCUUUGGAUUCCUCGUCUUCCUCCUCUUCAUCGGAUCCAGAGUCUUUGGACUCGUCUUCAUCGGAUUACUCGUCUUCAUCGGACUCAAACUCUUCGGAGGGUUUGACGUCUGAGGAUGAGUGUUACAGCCAGCCUAAGUUUGAUCCAACAAAAUCAUUGAACUGUUUGCCUAAUGAUGUUGCCAAUGGAGAAAAUGAUGGGCCAUGGUUUAAGGACUUUGGUGGUAUAGAUGAUGUAUUGAUUGAGUUGAAGAACAAGCUGAUACUUCCUUUAUAUAAUCCACAGGUAUCUGGUUGCUACCCAGGAAGUUUGAUGGCUGGUAUUUUGUUACAUGGGCCGCCUGGCUGUGGCAAGACUAAACUAGCUCAUGCCAUAGCUAACGAGUCUGGACUUCCAUUUUAUGAGAUUUCAGCCACUGAGUUGGUCUCUGGUGUAUCAGGUUUGCAUAUACCCUUACAUUAA